AUGGCAAUCCCAUUGCUUCGUCGGCGUGUUAGCUUUGUCCGGUUGUGCUUUCUCGUUGGUGUUCUCGUAUUCUUUCGUUUAACAUUCUUUUCAUCCUCGCAUUCUUCGUCACAUUCUUUUUCGACAUCGCAUUCGCAUCAGAUUGAAGAACAUAAUUUUAUUGAGCGGAAUACUAGGCCAGACAAGUCACUAAAUGUUCAAAAGCACAAGUUUUUACAAGCUCGUAUGGGGAGGGAGGAGAGGGACGACUGGCUGAAUCCGGUUAUUCGCAACGGGAUGGAGGAUUAUUGGGACCGAUUCCAGCUGCCAUACAUUUUGAAUCGAGAUACAUCCGCUGUGGACGCUCAGCACGUUUCAAGCGCGAUCGAACAACUUCUUUCUCUCAAUGGUUGGGUUGCUGCUCUCUGCACUACUCUCACUAGACCUUUCGGUCAGAACAAAAACGAGGACCUUUACGACGAACUCAUCCGACAAGACCAUCUAUACUUUAUUGCCAUUGUCAUACAUUCUGCCGACCACUUCCUUGUCGACCAACUUGCAGUUAUCGUGCAGCUCGCGAAGCGACUUGGGACAAACAACAUUUUCGUGUCCAUGCUUGACUACGACUCAGUAGACUCAACAGAAACCUUGACCGACCUCUGUGAAGCCACUUUGACAUUACUAGGGGUGCCAUUCAGGAUUCGAAGGGUACCUGGCAUGACCGAGGAUGCCGCUGCCGCGUAUUAUCCAUUGGAGGAGGCGCACAUGCGAAAUUUGGCGUUGGAGCCUCUAAAGGAACUCGACGUAAAGAGAGGGAUACGUUUUCACCGAGUGAUUUGGCUCAAGGGAUUCACAUGUCCCAAUGAUAUUCUGGAGACGAUAAAAGUCAGUUUUGCGAACGAAGCGGCGAUGGUGUGUGGCAUGGACUGGGCUGAGCAUAACGGGUUCUUUAUUUUUUCUGACAGAUGGCGGACUCGAGAUAUUGAAGGCGACCAAUUUCGUCAAUCGAAAUCUUCUUCAAAACCAGACGCCGUACCUCCCCGAGAUAAAGUGGGUGCCGCCAGAUAUGCGCAACAUCUACCCUUCCAGGUGUUUUGUUGUGAGUCUGGCACGCACGUCGUGGACCCUGCACAAUCAUAUUACAAGGGCAUAUCGUACCGUGCAGGAACUGAUUUCCAGAAUCUCAGUCGCUCUGACCCAGUGGUCGAUAGAGGUCCAAACGCCCCUUGUCUCGACAGCAGUCAGGCCUGGUUCUGUCGUGACCUGUGGGUAGGAACUGCUAGGGAUGGAAUGCAAGGCUCGUCAAGCAAUGGCUUCGUGGCAGGAAUACGCAAACGGAUGGUUGAGGUAGCCAGCCGUGAUCCUCUCAUGUACAAAGCCCGCGGAGAAGCGAGGGAAAAGGACGGUGCCGUUGUACGUCUCAGGAAAAGGGAGGAACCUGUCGAGCAGAAAGAAGAGGAAAGAGAUGACAAAGCAGGGGAAAAUGUGUUGAUUAAAGAAAAGGAUGGUGAUGGGGUUCGAGAGGCUGACGUCCAUGUUAUUGACGCGGAUGGGAUGCCUAAAAAGUUGGAGGAGGUGGAUGAUGAUGCGAGGCCCAAGAGGGAAGCCAAAGUGGAGGACGCGGAUGCCAAUGCGGGAUCAGACUACGAUGCUAUUAGUGACGAGGAGGGCGGAGGAGUGGUUCCAAAGGCAGAUCAUGGCAAGCUUUCCAUUCCCAACUCGGUCUUCCGUCCCGCAAAGAUCUUGGUUAAUCCUCGCUGUCCGACAACUUAUGCUGGAGUCAGUCAUACGCAGCUGGCGUUGGAUUUGUUUGGAGAUGGAGACGAUAUUGCUGCUAAAGGUGUUCGGAAGUACGUCCUCGAAAAUUGGGAAGGAGCUCCCGAGAGCUUCGUGUGUCAAGAACAACGACAAACGGGUGGCAGGAAAGCUCCUAAGACCCAAAGGCGGCUUGGAUUCUCGAUUCAUGAUGAAUUACAGAAAUAGGCACAUACUAAUAGAAUAGGAUAUUUUCGCC